UAUUAACCUGUCAACGAUCUGACAACAGAGGGCGCAAUUUCAUAUUUCGUGUACGUUUGAGCAUCGUAGACAAGCAAGAUGGGGAAAUCUUUCGCGAAUUUCAUGUGUAAAAAGUUCUUCCACCCUUCUUCUUUUGCAAAUAUUAAAAGGGUUUGGCUUGCUGAACAGCGUGUAAAAGAAGAGACGCAAAAACAAGAUGGACUACGAGAGGAGUACGAGAGAGAUCAGGACCAUUACAACAACAGACAGUUGAUGGGCGACGAGCGAGUCAAGCACGGCUUGACGUUCAUCUACGAGGCUCCCAAGGCCUACCAGAAGGAAGCGGAGAAGGAAACGGACGGGAAGUUGGUCUGGAAGAGAGCCGCGCCGGCCCAGGGGUCUGACUCGAUGGCGGGCGGGUCUGGGCUAGACGGUGGGGCAGGGGUGCGAAACGUCCGGUGCGUGAAGUGCAACCAGAUGGGCCACAUCCCUACAGACAGGGAGUGUCCCAUGUACAAGACCACAGAGGAGAAGCCAACAGAGGGAUCCGUUCAUCAGGAUCAGCUAGUGGAAGACAUGCGACGCGACGGCUACGCCUUCAAACAGAGCGUGCUCGGGAGAAGCAUCGACGAUGCCAAAUUCAGUAGGGAUUUAGUUGGCGAUGACGAUUCCGAUGAUGGACCUCCGCCAGAGGAAGCCUUCUUGAGCUCGUUGACCAAGAAACAAAAGAAGAAACUCCUCAAGAAACUGAACCGCAUGGAAAAGAAGCACUCUGGAUCUGUACACAAGAAAAAGAAGGGCCACAAGAAACGACGACGCAGCGACAGCAGCUCCUCGGAUGACAGGCCAAGGAAACACCACCGAGAUGAGAAGAAGCCCAAGAGAAGCCGUGAGACGAGCAGCGACUCAAGCAGCAGUGAUGAGAGAUCAGACGGAAGACAUCGUCAUCAUCGGGAGACUCACUCAAGACAGCGGCAGGAGAGAAGCGGCGGAGAGAGAGACAUCUCCAGAGGAAACCGGAAGAGGAGAGACUCCGGGAGUGAUGACGAGGAAGAACGCAGACCCGCAAAGAUGCGCGACAGUUACAAUCCGCGUCACAGCGAUGGGCUUGGCGAGCACGGCCGCAGUAUCAAGAAAGAGCGAACAUCUGAAGAUCGUAACAGAAGCCAGAACGGUCACAGACAGCGGCAGGACGAUGACGAGGACAGACGCGGAAGAUCCAAACCUGCCAGGCAAGAUCUUGAUCACGUUUCUCGCGAUCGUCGUGAGUUACAUGAUCGUGAUGAUUCCGAUCGUUCCUCCCACAAGCUCUCUCGCAGAGACCGCGACUCAAGGGAGAGGGAGACCCCACGGAUCAAAGUCGAGAAAGACAGAAGGGAGGACAGACGAGACCGGGAACAGAGUAACAGAAACUCUAAGAACUAUAGUGACGAUAGGGCUGACAGAUACGGUGGCAGCAGAAAAGACAGAAAAUGAUGACCUAAUUUUAACAUGUACUUGUGUACAAUUAGAAUGUAAUACAGCAGAACGAACCAGGGAUAUGUUAUUGGUCUUUGCGAUGUUGUGGGUUUUUUUUCUUUUUAGAGGCAACUGUAGACAUCUAUUAUUGUAAAACAGUGUCUUGCUUGUGCAAAUGCUGUUAAAUAGUCGCUAGGACUUAAGAACAUGUAGUCGUUACAUUUUUAAUUUAUUUUGGAAGUGCGUUCAGGUAUAUGUACAGCUUAACUUGACCAGUUCGCGCCAGAUGACCUGUAUACAUGCAAAGGUUUUGCGGUACUUGUAACGAUUGACAGAUAAACACGCAGGGAACGAGGCUGAAAAUAUCUGUCUGCGAUCUGCUCGCAGUGAGUGAGGCUGGAAAUAUGAGUGUGCUGCCCGCAGGUGAUGGCUUCAACCCGCCUGGCUUGAGGUCGAGUGAAAAGUAAUCCCGCGCCUCGUUCCGUUCUUGUCGAAAAAAAACCCGGCGCCAACUGGUUAAUGGUCUUAACCUUCAACAUUGAUAGUCCUGAAGCCUCCAAUUUCAUUCAAUUUUUCCCCCAUUUGUGUUGAGUAAAUAUUGUACUGUAUUUGACAAAUAAAACACGAGUCUCAUUUUGCAUUGUAUCAAGAUUAAUACAGUGCUUAAACGAUGUAGCCGGUGACCUAAAAAAAAACAAUAGUGACCUAUUUUUAGGAAUAUUUUAUGGUACAGAGUUGUAUUUGACAAAAGUAGAAGAAAAAAAAAAGUUCAAAACCUAUAUUCUGUUGUAUUCCAACCUGGUUUUGGAAAGUUUUUUUUUAAUAAUCUGUAAGGCAGUUUUGUGGGAAUGUGUGCUAGGGUUACUGAGGCAUGUGUCCUGCAAGUUUGAAGAAAUUCCUUUUUUUCCUAAAAAAAUUAAACGAAAUUGCAAGGGGUUAGCCUUGCAAGGGGUUCAGUUCUGUGAAUGCAGAAAUUUCAUUGGAAGUCGGAGGAGCACCGGUUAAUACCCACACAUCCAAUAUUUUGAAGAUUUAUGUGAGAAAUAAAUAAACGAAUUUUACCGAUUUUACCCAA